UUUCCUUCCGAGAGCCGGUGAGGGGAAGUCGUUACCGCCCCCCCCCCCCCCCCGCCCCGGCCGGCUGGCGCGAUCUCGAUUUGAGGAUGGGCAAGAGAAGCAUGGGAACUGGCGGCCCCCCAAACAAACAAGGCCCGCCGUCCCUGGGCACGGCCCACCCGCGCGCCCGCCGGUUGCGCUUUCGCCCCAGCGUCUCGGCCUCCCGCUGCCUCUAGUAACCCCGGGCGCCCGCCGGCGGCGCAGCUCGCGCCAAUUCUCGAACGGCUCCGCGCCGGGCGCGGCGCGACUCGGCGUGCAGCUGCGGAGCUGGUGGGGCCAGACCCUGCGCGAUUAGCGUAGCUAACGGCGCCCGCGCAGGCGCAGGCGCAGGAGGGGGCGGAGCAGCGGGAGCCGGGGAGCUGGGGAGCCGGAGCCCCGGGUCCCAGCGACCAGAGCCGGCUCCCCCGGCGGCGUCCCGAGGACCCGGCGUCGGCCUCCUCCCGCCCCCCGAGGCUGGAGAGUGGAUGAAGUGGGGGGUGGGGUGGGGGCAGCGUCGGAAUUCCGAGGACAGAAGGCAGAGGCCGUCCCCAAUCCGGAUUAUUGGAGGGGAGAGAGACCCCCAGUUUGGGGAGGGGGAGAGCUGGGGGUUGAGCGCCCCACCCGCAGCGGCCGCGGCCCUCGGCCGAAGGGUAUCUCUCGGCUCUCCCCCUCCUGCCGAGACGACUCGAACGACCAAGGCCAGGGACCCCUGUCCUUCAGCCUCUGCACCCCCUCACCCCGCUCUGGGGCUGGCCCAGGGAGGAGACCCUGCCCACCUCCCGCCUCUGCCCUCGCGAGGGACUGUCCUUCCACGCCCCAGAGUGAGGGGCCCCGGCCCCAGGCUGCCUGUGCCCCGCUGCAAGGGCAGGGUCCCUCUGUUGAGGAAGGGCCUGGCCAGUCGCAGCUUCUUUCCUCCUGAGCUCCCCGUCUCUGUCGCUGCACCCUGCAACUCCCACCCCUCCAUAUUUAUUGCCCUGGCCCCCUGCCAGCCCCUCCAUCUCGUUCUCUGGGAUUCAGGCCUCCCUUCCGGACAUGGAGAGUAACCUGUCUGGCCUGGUGCCUGCUGCCGGGCUGGUGCCUGCGCUGCCUCCCGCCGUGACCCUGGGGCUGACUGCGGCCUACACCACCCUGUACGCCCUACUCUUCUUUUCCGUCUAUGCCCAACUCUGGCUGGUGCUUCUAUAUGGGCACAAGCGCCUCAGCUAUCAGACGGUGUUCCUGGCACUCUGUUUGCUCUGGGCUGCCUUGCGCACCACCCUCUUCUCCUUCUACUUCCGAGAUACCCCCCGAGCCAACCGCCUGGGACCCCUGCCCUUUUGGCUUCUCUACUGCUGCCCUGUCUGCCUCCAGUUCUUCACGCUGACGCUUAUGAACCUCUACUUUGCCCAGGUUGUGUUCAAGGCCAAGGCCAAGCGCCGGCCGGAGAUGAGCCGAGGCUUGCUGGCCGUCCGGGGGGCCUUCGUGGGGGCCUCGCUGCUCUUUCUGCUGGUGAAUGUGCUGUGUGCUGUGCUGUCCCGCCGGCGCCGGGCGCAGCCCUGGGCCCUCCUGCUGGUGCGAGUCCUGGUGAGCGACUCCCUCUUUGUCAUCUGCGCGCUGUCUCUUGCCGCCUGCCUCUGCCUUGUCGCCCGGCGGGCGCCCUCUACCAGCAUCUACCUGGAGGCCAAGGGGACCAGUGUGUGCCAGGCGGCUGCGAUGGGUGGCGCCAUGGUCCUGCUCUAUGCCAGCCGGGCCUGCUACAACCUGGCAGCCCUGGCCUUGGCCCCCCGGAGCCGGCUGGAUGCCUUCGAUUAUGACUGGUACAACGUCUCUGACCAGGCGGACCUGGUGAACGACCUGGGGAACAAAGGCUACCUGGUGUUUGGCCUCAUCCUCUUUGUGUGGGAGUUGCUGCCCACCACCCUGCUGGUGGGCUUCUUCCGGGUGCACCGGCCCCCGCAGGACCUGGUCUUUGGCUCCCGUUCCUACUUCUUCGACCGGGCUGGGCACUGUGAGGAUGAGGGCUGCUCCUGGGAGCGUGGCCGGAGCGAGAGCACCAGCAUGUCAGGCAGCCUAGGCUCCGGCAGCUGGUAUGGCGCCAUCGGGCGGGAGCCAGCCUGGUGCGGGGGCAGCCAGACACGGACCACUCCUCUGCUCUUCUCCCAGGUGCUGGGACCAGGUGGCCACCACCACAGUCUCUACUCCACCCCGCAGACGUGAUCCCCUUCUGUCCUCCCCCCAGAACACCCAGACCCCGGUCCUCCCAUCCCAGGCCCCGCCACCCCCCCCCCCCCCCCACCGUGCCAAGUUCACCUGCCGCUUCUUGCCCAGGAUCAUGGGAGGCUGUGGCCGCCUCUUCCCCUGGCCAGCUCCUUGCUACUCUUGUCGUAGUGAGCUUGUGCUGUCCCCUAGGAUGGGGGGCAUGGCCCUGGCUGCCAGAUGCCCUACAGCACCUUGGCAUGACCUGCCGCCUCUGCUUCUACACUGGAGCCAGCUACCUCUCCUGCCCUGCCGCUCAAUAAACAGUGUCUGUGCCCCUCAUCCGUUCACGGUC